CCCCCAUCGGCUCAUCCCACACUCCGCUCCUGUCCAACCUAUCCUACCCCGAGGGGUGCCGUCACUUGCAACGCUUGGCAUCCCCGUGACAUCUUCCUCGUCGCUUCUCUUUCCUGACAAUGGGCGGCAUCUGCUGUAAGCCAGAGGUCAUCGACUUCGAUGGGCCAGUCGACCUCUACCACUUUUACCUGCUGCGGGCCGUUGGCAAGGGAGCCUUUGGCAAGGUCAGAGUUGUGCAGCAUAAGCAGACCAAGACACUGUAUGCGCUCAAAUACAUCAACAAAGCCAAGUGCAUGAAGAUGAGAGCAGUCUCAAAUAUCAUUCAAGAAAGGCGGUUGCUGGAGGAGAUCGAGAGCCCCUUCGUGUGCAACCUGCGCUACGCUUUCCAAGAUGACGAGAACAUGUUCAUGGUCCUCGACCUGAUGCUGGGCGGCGACCUGCGCUUCCACCUCGAUCGUACUGGCAACAUGAAGGAGGCGGUGGUACGCUUCUACGUAGCAGAGCUAGCCUGCGCAUUAGACUAUCUUCACAACCUACAGAUCGUCCAUCGCGACAUCAAGCCGGAUAAUGUCCUCCUGGAUGAAAAGGGUCAUGCCCAUCUUACCGACUUCAACAUUGCUGUCCACUUCUCGCUCAAGCGUCCACUGACUUCCAUUGCCGGCUCCAUGGCCUACAUGGCCCCGGAGGUCCUAGGCAAGCGCGGCUACCUGAGCUCCGUCGACUGGUGGUCUUUGGGCGUGACGGCGUACGAAUUGCUCUUUGGACGGAGACCCUUCAGAGGCAAGACAAAUUCGGCCCUGACGCAUUCGAUCAUGAAUGACCGGUGCGGGUUCCCGGAGAAUGUAGACACGAUCGUCUCGAGGGAGACGAUUAGCUGUAUCAAGGGGAUGCUGGAGCGGGAUACUCGCAAGAGGAUGGGUUGCAGAAACGGGCUCGAGGACUUCAAGGCUCACCCAUGGUUCGCCAACCUAGACUGGGAUGCUUUGAUGGCAAAGCAGCUGAAGCCUCCAUUCGAGCCCGACAGCAAAAAAGCCAACUUUGACGCGACACACGAGCUCGAAGAGCUCUUGCUCGAAGAUAACCCGCUCAAGGCUCGGAAGCGCGACGAGAAGCGCGAUAUCAACAGCUUGGCGCCGGAGAUGCGGCAGAUGGAAGAGCAUUUCCUGCCCUUCGACCAUCUCAAGCAGGUGAGACGGUCCUACUUCAAGUCGCCAAAGGCACGGGAGAGGACGCUCGAGGAGCAACAACAGACUUCGUCAACCACUUACACGCUGCAGGACCAGCCGCUGGCCGACAUGAGCGGGUCGGCGUCGCAGCUGAACGGGGCUCACGGUGGGCAUGGCAUGAUGCUUGCGCCCCAGGCGACGGGCGGAAGCUCGAUCACCGGACCAAGUGGGAUGCUGGACCCGAGAGGGCAUGACAGAGGAGAGAAGGCGUCGAUGAGCCGGCAAGGGUACGGAGUGGAUGAUGGUAGAGGGUCGGAUCUCGAAAGACUGCACAGUAACGGCGUGUCUUCAUCGGGAGGAAACGGUGGGGCGCUCGGCUUCCAACCUCAUCAGCAGCAGCAUCCGUACGGCACGCCGAGAGUCAGUAGCUCGAUGGACGGCCAGUCACGGGAGCCAAACCUGAUACCGACGGCGAGCACACAACAACAGACGGGAGCUUACCCGAUGAAGGAUCUGGGAUACGCGCGAUGACGCUACGGCGACAUUCUCUCUAUUCUGCGGCUUCGCCGUCUCAUCAUUUCUCGACACCCAGCAUGACCUCUUUCCCGGUCUCGAUCAGCAUCGCGCUACCCUGCACUGCGUUCCCUCAGCACCGCAUCGUAAACCAGGGUGACGCCGUGAGCAUGGCUCUACACCCCCCUGCAACGCUUUACUGCA